AGGUUUCAUCGCUCUUGACUUGCCGUACUUUUCCCCCCGAAGUGUUUCUAAACAGAGGAAGACAUCAACCACUUUUUUUAAACCGCUUUAUGCUAGCUAUUUUUUUGUUGUUUUAAAAAAAAUCAGAAAUGUUUUUUUUACGUAUUGGAAUAAUAUCUGCGAAUAUUACUGUUUAGACACGACUGACGUUAAUUUAACAUUGGCAAGCAAAACAUUUUUGUUUUUGUUGGUUGCUGUUGUCGAUGAGGAUCUAAAACUGGCUAGCAAUUUAGGCUAAUGUUAGUCACGAACGGGAUCAUCGUUUGAGAUUUAUCUGCCAGUGAAGUAGCCAGCGUCUUGGCUAAAUAUUGAAUCAUAUCUGUGACUAUGGCGGAUGGAGCGGGUCUAAAUCCAUUUACCUCCAGGGUUACAAAAAGAGUUAGCAAUGUGAAUGUUGCCCCUGUAGCCGCAAACAUACGACGGAAAAGUCGACAAAGUCAAAGGCGGACCACUCAUAACCGGGUGGUUCUGGAGCGAGUCCUGGGCAUCACCACCUCUAACAGCAGUGGGCUGGCCUGUGACCCCAACACUGGCCUGGUGGCCUACCCUGCAGGGUGUGUUGUUGUGAUCCUACACCCAAAGAAAAACAAACAGAACCACAUCCUCAACACUUCAAGAAAAACUUUCACUGCCUUGGCCUUCUCUCAGGAUGGAAAGUAUUUGGUCACUGGUGAGAGUGGUCACAUGCCCUGCGUGCGGGUUUGGGACGUGGCCGAGCGGGCCCAGGUGGCAGAGGUACAGUGCCAUAAGUACGGGGUGGCCUGUGUGGCCUUCUCAACCAACAGCAGCUACAUCGUGUCAGUAGGCUACCAGCACGAUAUGACUGUCAGCGUCUGGGAGUGGAGGAAGGGGACGGUGAUAGCAUCCAACAAGGUGUCUAGCAGAGUUCUGUCCGUCUCCUUCUCUGAAGACAACAGCUACUUCGUCACGGCAGGAAACCGACACGUCAAGUUCUGGUACCUAGACGCCUCUAAAGAGAGACGGGUGAACAGCACGGUGCCUCUGAUUGGCCGAUCAGGAUUGCUAGGGGAACAGAGGAACAGCAUGUUCUGUGGUCUGUCGUGUGGGCGGGGCAACAUGGCCAGCAGCACCUAUUGCAUCACUUCCUCUGGCCUGCUGUGUCAGUUCAACAGCAGGAGGAUGUUGGAUGCCUGGGUGGACCUCAAGACCACCUCUGCUCGCUGUCUGUCGGUGAACGAAGUGUUUAUCUUCUGUGGCUGUGCAGAUGGUACCGUCCGACUCUUCAGCCCUCAGAACCUUCAUUACAUUACCACCCUGCACCGGCCACACUGCCUGGGAGUGGACAUCACACAGGGCCUUCAGCCAGGGCAUCUGUUUGUUGUUGACCCCAAGGCAGAAUACCCAGACACCUUAGCCUUGACCUUUGACCCUGUAACCUGUCACCUGACCUGUGUGUACAACGACCACAGCGUGUAUGUUUGGGACGUCCGUGACAUCAAGAAUGUCGGGAAGGUCUACUCUGCUCUCUACCACAGCGGCUGUGUCUGGAGUCUAGAGACAUACCCUGACAUGGAUCUGUCCCGUUCCUGUCUGCCCCCUGGAUCUUUCCUCACCUGCUCUUCAGACAACACCAUCCGGCUGUGGCACAGCGACCCGGGUCUGGUGCAGGGAACCAGCUCCGUCCGUAACCUCUACAGCCACGAUCUGUUGAGGAUUGUGUACGUGGGGGAAAACACCCAGCAUCUUCAGACGGAGGGGGAGAGAGGAGAGGGAGGCGGAAUGGACGCUAAGUCAGGGAUCAGAGUCCUGGGCAUCAGUCCUGAUGGACAACACCUGGCAGCUGGAGACCGCAACGGAAACGUACAUAUAUUCGGUCUACAGUUCAUGGAUCAGCUGCAGAAGAUUGAAGCCCACGAUUCUGAGGUGCUGUGUCUGGAGUUCUCCCCUGCAGAGACGGGUCUUCACCUGCUGGCGUCGGCCAGUCGAGACCGUCUGAUCCACAUCUUCAACAUGGAGAAGAACUACAGUCUGGAGCAAACUGUCUAUGACCACUCUGCCUCCAUAACAGCUAUCAAGUUCACUGGUGUCAGCCCAGAGGUCCUCAUGGUGAGCUGUGGUGCUGAUAAGAGUAUCUACUUCCGCACUGCUGAACAGUCUUCGGAGGGGCUGAACUUUGCCCGUAGUCACCACGUAGUGGAGAAGACCACUCUGUAUGAUAUGGACCUGGACGCUACUCACACACACACCGCCAUCGCCUGCCAAGACAGGAAUAUCAGAGUGUACAACGUGAAGAGUGGCAAGAUGAAGAAGUGUUUCAAAGGUUCUACAAGUGACGACGGAACCCUGCUGAAGGUUCAGAUGGACCCCGCUGGGAUCUACCUAGCAACAAGCUGCUCUGAUAAGAGCAUCUGUAUCUUUGACUAUGAGUCAGGAGAGUGUGUGGCCACCUUGUUCGGUCACUCAGAGAUUGUAACUGGUAUGAGGUUCAGCCAGGACUGCAGACACCUCAUCACCAUAUCUGGAGACAGCUGUGUGUUCCUGUGGAGGCUGGACUCCCAGAUGACUAACUGUAUGAGGAAGAGACUGGCGGAGAGGAAACGGACAGCCGGAGUAACGACGGCUGCCAAAGCUCCCACCAAGGAGCAACUUAUCAGGAGAGAGACCUUCAUCACUGUGCCGUUGGGCCAACUCCCCCAGGCAGGAGAGGAAGAGGAGGAAGAUGAUCAAAGGACUCCUGCUAGAUGUGACAUCACUCAUGACUUCCUUGCUCUAGACCCCAUGGUUCCACAGACCAACGGCAAACUGCCCAUGUGGGCCAGGAAACUGGGUCCUGCGGCAGGCACCAUCGCUCUCCCCGGCGAGCAACAGCCACCACACCUCCAGCCACGCGGGCGCUGGGCAGAGCAUCUCAACCCCCUGGCUAUCCGCUCUGUCCUGGAGACACACAGCCUGCAGCGCCCUCUCUCCCCCACCCCCCGCAGAGCAGAGGGACCAGGAGAGGAGGAGGAGGAGGAAGAUGAGGAGGAAGAAGAUCCACACUUCCACCCUCAGAGCUUGGACAGCCUGCUUGGAGAGGAGGAUGAAGAGGAGGAAGAUGUGGUGGCGGUGGAGGACGACGAAGUGGUGGAGGAGGAGGAGGAAGAUGUGGUGGAGGACGACGACGACGACCAGGGUUCUGGGUCUCUUCAGAGGCCUGGGUUCCUGGCCCUACCGGACAGUGACGACAUGUUUGGUCCAGCCCUCAGUAGUUACAUUCUUUACCCGGCUAACAGCACCACACUGUCCACUGGAGGAGGAGAGGGUGAGUUUGGCCAACAGCAUCAGCAGCAGCAGGGCUGGGGAGGAGAGAACGAGCUGAGUCCAGACAGCGCCUGUUGUGUUGGCUCUGCAGAGUGCCAGGACCAACCCCAGGAUGAUACUGACUCCCUGAGCCAGGUGAGUUCUACAGGUAGUUCUGGAGUGGAGGAAGAGGAGGAAGAUCCACAGACACUCCUUAGACAACACUUUGACACCAUGGCCAACCACCUGAGCAACGAGGAGAAGUUUGAGACUGACCUGUCCAGUCUGCAGACUCCAUCCAUAGAGACAGAGAGCCUCUUCCUCAACCCCCGAUUCAGCAUCUCUACACGCUUCCUGUCUCGUUUCCAGAGCCGACUCCGUGGUCCUGGUUCUGCCCUGCGUCCCGCUCCUCUCCCGCCCAGCAUCACUGAGGAGCCCAGCAGCCUCUCCUGUCCUGACCCGACCCCCAGCCUCAACACCACUCAGGCCAACUCAAAGCAGUUUGUCGUGAGCAGUACUACAGAAUCUCUCCAAGAGGAGAGCCAGGACCCUGUGAGGGGUGUGAAGUGUCAUCUAACGUCUUUAAGGAGGCGCUCCUCUUCGGUUCAGCCGGUCCAGCAGACUCCCCAACCCCGCCAUCCCCUACGCAGCCGCAAAACCAUAGCUGUUCUACACUGGAGAGAUACUCUGGGAGAUGUGACAGAUAAGACCCUGAGGUCUCAGUCUAGUGGUCCAUCAUCAUCCAGCUCUACCCUCAAACCCUCGCAGCCCGUCCUGGACAAGGAGCCCCUGACCCGGCUGCCUCGCCAGCGUUACAUGGGCACCACCACCAGCUCCAGAGCCAAGAGGUCCCAGGGUGGUGAGGGCCUGAACAUCUCCCCGACUGAGGAGCACUCUGCUGGGGGGAAGAUCAUGGAGGCGAGAGCCUCAGACCUCCAGGACAUUACAGACCCGGAGUGCAAGGAGAAUCUGCCGCCCCCUGUAGUCCAGCCCCCUGUAGUCCAGCCCCUUGUAUCCCACACCACCACCACUUCCUCAGUGGAGCCUCCUGCUCCUGCCAGCCAGCCUCCCUCCGUCCCUCCUUCUCCUGCAGGGAACCACAGAGCCAGAGCAGCUCUCCACCUGGACCUGGCUGUGCCCUCUGACCCCUCCACACUGACCUUCCCUCUGGCCUCCCACAAGUCCCAGAGGAGGUUUGGAGACUCGACCCGCCCAACACGUCACGCCUUGGUCACCCCCACUGAGAUGCGUUCUCUGGGGAAGGAGGCGAAGAGGUGCCUCCGUAACAUGGAGGACAACUUGGGGCAACGGGGAGGAUUAUCAGGGCUCCGUAGCAGCCUGGCCCCCACCAACGCCACGUCUCCGGCCCCCGCCACGUCUCCGGCCCCCGCCACGUCUCCGGCCCCAACCCCCCGUCUGUGCUCAACCCUCCCUCAGGCCCAGCUCACUGAGAGCCCCUCCCAUCUGCCCCAGCUGCAGCAGGCUAGCGACGGUCCCGUCUCUGGUUCUGCCUGUUCUUUCCCUCUCCAUGGUGACUCUGGUCUCCAUGGGGACUCUAUAGAGGAAACCCUGAACCUUCAGAUGUGUCACCAGGUAGCCAACGAGUUGAGGCACACCAUGAGAAGAGCCGUCACGUUCUACAACAAGGUCUGCUGCAUGACAGACACCCCAGAGCAGCAGGGCCAGAUGUCGGCCAUUUUAAAAGAGGCCUUCUGUGUGGCGCAGACGGAGCUGGACUCUGUGUUUCCUUCAGGUCAGAGGUCAGCAGCAGGUCACAGCGCCCCCUGUCCCCUGGAGGACUCUCCAGGUCGCCAGCUGAGAGACGACCGGACCGUGGCUCUACUGGAGAAAUACUCCGAGAUGCUGCUGUUUAUUGCUGAGAAGAAGAUGGACAGUAGUUAGCUGAUGGGAUUGCCCCCGCUAAUAUCAGAAGUUACUUUUCCGUAGCGGGUUAGGGGAAUUGGGUUAAGGUUAGGAAAAAGUUAUCCCUCUGACGCGACUCGAAUAUGCAUGUUUUAACAGACAUGACCCUAGCUGAUGGAGGAUGAGACAAGACGUCCUUACGCGAAGCAAAUAUUAACUAACCAGAUGAACAGUUAGAUUGCUUUCACUUCCCACCAGUCUGUUUCAAUAGCAUCCUGGCCCUUUAACUAACAGCAUCCUGGCCUUUUAACUAACAGCAUCCUGGCCCUUUAACUAACAGCAUCCUGGCCCUUUAACUAACAGCAUCCUGGCCCUUUAACUAACAGCAUCCUGGCCCUUUAACUAACAGCAUCCUGGCCCUUUAACUAACAGCAUCCUGGCCCUUUAACUAACAGCAUCCUGGCCCUUUAACUAACAGCAUCCUGGCCCUUUAACUAACAGCAUCCUGGCCCUUUAACUAACAGCAUCCUGGCCCUUUAACUAACAGCAUCCUGGCCCUUUAACUAACAGCAUCCUGGCCCUUUAACUAACAGCAUCCUGGCCCUUUAACUAACAGCAUCCUGGCCCUUUAACUAACAGCAUCCUUUUUAAACCUGACCGGGCGACUGUCUGUAUAUAUUAGAAUGUUUAUUUAGAUUUGUUUUAAACCCAAUACUUUUAGUGAAUGUUUAGCACCGCAUUAGAGAUUGACUGAAAUAAGUCACUGGUAAAUACAUGCUUCACAAUCUAGUUUAAAGUCUCCAACUUGUUUAAAAUCUUCUUAUUUUCCUCUUUAUCUUAAUGGAUGUUUUAUUUAUUUUUGCUUAUUGCUUUAAUUGAAGCUCUUGUUUUGUCUCGUCUUUUUUUGUGUGUGUGUGGUAGCUGUUGUCAUUCUUCGAUUUAUUUAGCUCUCAAUGGUGGUUUGUUUUUGUAAGUCGCUGCAGGGUCCGUAUCCACAAAAGCAUCUCUGCUGAUCUAGGAUCAGGUUAUCAUUUUAGAUCAAACACAAUGCAUUGUGGUUAUUUUUAUGAAUACGAUUACAUUAGACAGAUCCUAGAUCAGCAAUUCUCCUCUGGGAUUCUUUUUAGGCUUUGAGCCCAGGUCCUUAAACCCCAUUCUGUAUCUAACCUUGUAGCCAUGUAGACUGUUUUAUUUAAAAACAUGAUCUAUUGAGCAUCAAAGCAGUCAAUGAGGAGGAGUCAUUCAGCCAUAACCAAAGUGACCUGCUUUAAUCAGUGUUUAAAUUUUUUAACUCUUAUUACUGUGGUCCGUUACUUUUGUUUCUGUACAAGUUAUGUUCGCUAUUUGAUACUGAGUUUUCUCUUAUCUAAGCAGUGAAGUUGAAGUUCAGUAUUAGUUUUGGUUUCUGUUUGGGUCCUAUUGAGGUUGGGAGCUAACAGACACUAGUGUUAAGGGCUCUAUUAUGUUAAAGCCUCUACCAUCAGAUGGGUAUGAUAGUCUCACCUGCAGUGUUUUGUACAGUCCCCAUGGUGUUUCACUGUGUACUUCAUGGUUUCACGUGAAAUUGUUUAAUUUCAAUGUAAAUUAUUUGUAAUAUUUUACCUUUUUUUGCUUUUUUGCAUUCAUACAAAAUGUCUAUUUUACUAAGAAUUUGUAAUAAAGGUGUUUUACAUAUUG